AUGAGCAAGAGUAGUACAUACCAUUUUCGUGUAACUGAAAGACCUUAUCAAGAGUUUUUGCAGGUGAUUCCUUACAGCCUUUCGAGAGCUAAAAACGAUAAUGGAGACCACGUUAUUCUGUCUUCUUACUCGAUGGAUCUGCUCUUCAGAAAAACAGUCCAAAACCCUAUGAAAUUUCGAAUCACCACCGAAAAGUACACAACCUAUUGCUCAGUCGAGGAAUUCACGGCAAACACGGGUACAUGCUUUAUGCCACAAUGGGUUUUUCUUUUGAAUUGCAAUGAUUCGCAGAUGAUGAACGAUCUCGACUUAAAAAUUGGAUCCUACAUUCGCAUCGAAAACAUCUCCAUCCCAAAAGGAAAAUCAGUGGCGGUUCGCAUUUGUAACGAAGAACUGCUCUCGGUUCCUGAUAUUAAGGCGACAUUUGAAGAGCAGCUAAGGCAUUUCGUCGUUUUAGCAGAGGGAGGACACGUUCCUAUCAAGUUCAAUAAUCAGCAAUACUUUAUUGAUAUUGUUCAUUGUGAGCCCGAACCCGUAAUCGAUAUCAACAAUACGAACCUGGUGAUCGACUUCGUUCCGAUGGAGGAGGACAUUUGA